AUGGUUGUCAUUCAGGGUCCCUUCAAAUCCCGAGAACACAGUAGCCUCUGCUUAAUUGCUCUCAAACUCGGCACAGCCUUGUCAGUAGCUGUACUGGCACUGCUGUACAUAUCGGAAGGUGUAUUAUCAGAAAUUCAUAAUCUCAAACAUAUCAUCUGUGUGGACGAUAAGAUCAUCAAUAAAUCUGAAUUCCCUGCACGCAUACAGAUUCAUAAUAUUGCAGCUGUGGAGGAGUUGGGAGCUCAACCUGAAAACUUGAACAUUCGUAUAGAAAGGCCAUCGCCCACCGAUUUUGCAGUAAUAAUGUACACGAGUGGUUCCACAGGCCGUCCAAAAGGAGUAAUGAUAAAUCACAGUAACCUCAUAGCUGGAAUGACUGGACAGUGUGACAGGAUACCUGAACUCGGCCCAAAAGAUACAUAUAUUGGCUACUUACCUUUAGCUCAUGUACUAGAACUAACGGCAGAAGUGUCAUGUGUUGCAUAUGGCUGCAGGAUCGGAUACUCCUCUCCACAGACUCUGUCUGACCAGUCAACUAAAAUCAAGAAGGGCAGUAAAGGUGACUGCACCGUGCUGAAGCCCACUCUGAUGGCAGCUGUACCAGAAAUUAUGGAUCGUAUCUAUAAGAAUGUAAUGAGCAAAGUGCAAGAGAUGAAUUGUAUCCAGAGGAUGCUGUUUAAACUUGGUUAUAAGUAUAAACUGAAACAGAUAAAACAUGGAUACGAUGCACCUCUGUGUAAUAAGAUAUUAUUUAAGAAAGUCAAGUCCUUACUGGGUGGAAAUGUGCGAAUGAUGCUUUCGGGAGGUGCACCGCUCUCUCCACAAACGCAAAGAUUUAUGAAUGUCUGUUUCUGCUGCCCUGUUGGCCAGGGUUAUGGACUAACGGAAACCUGUGGAGCUGGAACUAUCACAGAUGUGUACGACUAUAGCACAGGCCGAGUGGGUGCUCCACUUAUUUGCUGUGAAAUUAAGCUUAGAGAUUGGGUGGAAGGUGGUUAUACAAAUCGUGAUGAGCCAAAUCCAAGAGGAGAGAUACUAAUAGGUGGACCUAAUGUUGCCAUAGGGUAUUUUCAAAGUGAAGGUAAUACUAAAGAAGAUUUCUUCACUGAGAAUGAGCAGCGAUGGUUCUGUACAGGAGAUGUUGGAGAGAUGCAUAGUGAUGGAUGUUUAGAAAUUAUUGAUCGCAAGAAGGAUUUGGUGAAAUUACAAGCAGGAGAAUAUGUAUCUCUAGGAAAAGUGGAGUCUGCCCUGAAAAACUGCUCACUUAUUGACAAUAUAUGUGCUUAUGCAAAUAGCCAUCAGUCUUACGUGAUUAGUUUUGUGGUGCCCAAUCAGAAGAAAUUAACUGCUUUGGCAGAGAAACGAGGCAUUAAGGGAACCUGGCAAGAGCUUUGUAACAUUCCAGAGAUGGAAACAGAAGUUUUAAAUGAAAUCAGACAGGAAGCGCGUAAACUUAAACUGGAAAGAUUUGAAAUACCAGUAAAGGUACGAUUAAGCCCUGACCCGUGGACACCAGAAACAGGCCUGGUAACUGAUGCAUUUAAACUUAAACGAAAAGAGCUGAAAAAUCAUUACCUCAAUGAUAUUGAAAGAAUGUAUGGAGGAAAGUAGAGCCUUGUCCUAACUGACUGCUAUACAAUGUGUUAAGUGUUGGAGUACCUCUGCAAACUGUAGCCUGAUGGAGCAUCACACUUCAGAACCACAAGCCUGUUGGAAGAAGACAUUUUUUUACUGAAUGCAGUUUCAUUAUGGUAGAAUUUUAAAGAGCAGGUCUCUACUUGCAUUUGUUUCUGUAAUUUAUUCAGGUGUUAAACUGUAUCUUCCAUUACCAUUCCUUUUUCUAGUGAUUUUUUUUUCAGUCUCUCCACAGAGAUGUCCAUUAAGCUUGAAUGUGGAUAGUCCUUGUACGGUCUUUUAUUCCAUAGACCUUCCAUGUUGGUUCAUCUGCUGUGUGUCUUUUCCUAGUGUUUAGAUGAAUAAACUCCAAACCAUACAGAAUUUUUUUUUCAGAGGAGGAUAGAGGUAAUGGAAUCUUGAGUACUAACAGCUAGGUUGAAACCUGAUCUUUAACAAUUUGCGCAUACUGAAAGCAUGUCAGGGACCUUGUACAGAGUGUGUGUUCUUACCACAUAUACAAUUUACUGUAGUACAUUUUUUAACCUAACUCUCUAUGUGCGCACACAAAUGACGAGUUCACAAAUUUAUAAGUACCAUUGUGUCUACCCUGUGAAAGAAAUAUUUUUGUUUUUCCAUUUUUAUGGAAAGACAUUUUCUCUGGCUUUAUAAAAAUGUUUUCUUAUUUAUAAAGAGUGCACUUGUUUUAAAUUACAUUUAUGGCCAGUAUGCACAUGAAGCAUUUUCCAGCUGACUGUUUCAACAGUAUCGGUUAAUCUACAUGUUUGCAUUUAGCGUGUGUGGAGUGCUCUGUGGAAGAAAGCUUCUUAAAUUUAGUUGUAUUUUUUUUAUUUCCUUAUUGAAUAAUUUAUUCUUACACUUGGUUCAGUGGUUAAAAAGGUGGUAAUAUUAUUAGUACCUUGGAUUAGCACUACUGCAAGAUGCCCUCUUUGUUUUGAAUAAACUUUCUUGACUGUUGUAACCAGUGUUAAUGACACCAUGAAGCUGCCUGUUCAUGUUGUAAGCAUUCAGUCCUCACUUCUAGGUGUUGUGCCAGUGAUGAAGGCACUUGUAUUAAAAAUAACUUUUGCAAGGA